AUGACCCUCGAAGACUUUGAGAAAUCCCUGGUGGAGGAUAAGGAGAGAAAACACGAGAAAAGCGACCGGGAACGACACCAUCGAGACCGCGACCGCAGCAGAGAUCGCUCACGACACCACCGUCAUCACCGCUCCAGCAACCACCACGAUUCCCGACACAGAGACCGGGAGAGCGAGCGCGAAUCCCGGCACAAAGAUGACAGUGGACAUCGGCAUAAGCGAUCGCGUCACUCCGAGGCAGAGGAGCAUGACCAUGCGCAUAAACGCCGACAUCGAUCCAGCAAAGACGAGGGCAAGGACGAUUCCCCCAAGACCGUGGUCCAGGAGGAGCUCGGUCGGCCGAAGCGGGAUGCCUGGAUGGAAGCACCCUCCGCCCUAGAGAUUGACUACGUGCAUCGACCGGACACGACGCGCCUCGAGGAGGAGUCGAACAAACCUAAAAUGCUCCAGGCGGAUUAUGAGCUCAAGAUCCACGACCGCGAGCUCAACCACCACCUGCGAGACCUUAAGGAGGGCAAAGCCCUCGAGGAUGUCGAAGAGGAGCCUGCGCAGCAUGAGGUAGAUUACACAUUUGGAGACCCUGGGUCGCAAUGGCGGAUGACGAAGCUCAAAGGCGUCUACAGAGAAGCCGAAGCUAGCGGCAAACCGGUGGAGGAGAUCGCCGAGGAACGAUUUGGGGAUCUCCGUUCAUUCGAUGAUGCCCGGGAAGAAGAAAUUGAGCUGGAUCGUCGCAAAAUGUACGGUCAAUCCUACGUGGGCAAGGAAAAGCCCAGUGGCGAGCUGUUCCAGGAGAGGAAACUCCAGAACAAUGUGCGGAGAGGACCACUGAAACAUGUUCACGACCCUGAGCAGGAGCUUCAGGCUGAGGGCCAGGGCAAGAAGAUGGACGUGGAGCCACCCUCGAACACAACCCAACAUCUCGAUCUCACGGCAUUGAACCGCCUGAAAGCUCAAAUGAUGAAAGCGAAGCUCAGGAAAGCCCCCGAUGCCGCCGAGCUGGAAGACAAGUAUAAUGCGGCCGCCGCGGCCAUGGCCAAUCGCAAGGAGUCCGACGUCGUGGUUCUCGGUGUGAUGGAGAAUCGAAUGCUGGCUGGCUCCCGGAAUGAAGUCAAGCCCGUCGAAACGAAAAGAGGAAUCGAACGAGGCCAGGUGCAAGAAAACGAGGACAUGAGCAUUGAAGACAUGGUCCGCGAGGAACGUAGGAACCGCGGUCAGAUCGGUGGCGAAGGACAGCGACUGGCUGAGCGGAUCUCGCGCGAUUCCAAGUUCGAGAAUGAGCUAGAGUACAUGGACGACAAUGCUUCCAAACUGGCUCGACGGGUGCAUCGAUCUGAAAUCGACAUCAAGAACUCGACCAUCAAUGAUUUCCGCAAGAUGAAUCAAAUUUUGGAUAACUGCCCCCUGUGCCAUCACGAGGACACCAACACGCCGCCCACCGCACCGGUAGUAUCGCUCGCAACCAGAGUCUUCCUGACACUCCCCACCGAGCCCGAAAUCAGCGAAGGCGGCGCUACCAUCGUACCCAUCCAACACCGACGGAACCUGAUGGAAUGCGACGACGACGAAUGGGAGGAGAUCCGAAACUUCAUGAAGAGCCUGACUCGCAUGUACCACGAUCAAGGCCGGGAUGUGAUCUUCUACGAGAACGCAGCGCAGCCCCAGCGCAAACGACACGCAUCUAUGGAGGUGGUGCCAUUACCAUACAGCCUGGGCGAAACCUCGCCGGCCUUCUUCAAGGAAGCUAUUCUCAGCUCCGACUCGGAAUGGUCGCAGCACCGCAAACUCAUCGAUACCCUCGCCAAGGCAAAGGAAGGGCUCGGGCGAUCGGCAUUCCGCCGCACGCUGGUCAAGGAGAUGCCCUACUUCCACGUCUGGUUCGAGCUCGACGGCGGGCUGGGCCAUGUUGUCGAGGACGAACAUCGCUGGCCCCGGGGGGGACCUGUUCGCGCGAGAGGUCAUCGGGGGUAUGCUGGAUGUUGCGCCGGAUGUGAUCAAGCGGCAGGGACGCUGGCAGAGGGGUGCCGAUCGACGGGUGGAUGGGUUCAGGAAGCGAUGGAGGAAGUUUGA